AUGGGACUGUUCUUUGCUGACAAGAAGUCUGGCGAGGCUCCAAAUAGAAAAAGCCGUGAGCAAUGCUGGGAAUCUAGGGAUAUAUUUUUCAAAUGUUUGGAUAACAUAAAGGUGAUUGAUCCGCUAGAUCCUGAAAAGGGGCAAGAAAUCAAGAAGAAUUGCGGAAAAGAAGAUCAGCAGUUUCAGAAGGAUUGUGUGGCAUCUUGGGUGAAGUACUUCAAGCAAAAACGACCAUUUGACAAGAAGAAGGCGAAAAUAUUAAAACAAGCCAAGGAUGAGGGAGCGGAAGUUAUUCAGAUGUCAGGAUACAGGAAGUAA